GAAAACUACUGUUUGAAUACUUUUCAUAUUGAACAUUUAAUUGCGUUUCAAUUUGGGAAAUAAGCGUCUGCACUAAAGUAUAAAACGCAGGAUCUCUCCUCAAUAUUCACCACAGCAGUUCAUCGCCAAGUUUCCAAAGUUGUGUAUCAAAAGUUUGAGAGGGUAGAACCGACUUGAAGAAUGAAGUUGAUUCCACUAAUUUCCAUGGUCAUUUACAUAGGAUUACUUUCGGUACGAGUUAAAAGUGAAGCAGGGCCUGAAGUAGACGAUGAAACAAUAGCUGCAAGAGAACUUUUCAAGAAAAUAGCUGGAAAGGAUAUUUAUUCUACUGUUACUAUCGAGAAAAUCAAGGCUUAUGAGAGUAAUUAUCACCUAAACUUGGAUGCAAAAUUCAGAGAAGCCUUAAUACAUGCAAUUAAUGAUAAUGAUGGAGAAGUUGGUGUAAAGAAAUUCAUACAAAUAAGGCGGGAAAAUUAGAUUGCUGAAUUAUUGAAUGCAAUUGUUUCAACGCCGUUCCCACACAAACAGAUAUUUCCAUCUUUCCAUGUAUAUGUGAGCAGGUAAAAUAAUUUGAAUUGAUAAAAUGUGAUUCGAAGCAUUGGAAAUAAAACUUCGUUUAUUGCAAGA